AGUGGGAAACUGAUGAGCAUCUUCGGCCUCUUCUGCAUGGACUGCAACCACGAGAUCAGCAAAGAGGCAUCGGAGGCAUUGCAUUACCUGUUCAAAAUCCUUGUGCUUCAGAGAAGUGUGAAACAGAAGACAGAGACUAUCCUGAAGGAUUUGCAGAAGCAUUUCCAUGGAGCAUGGCUUGCCAGCCUGCAGGAUCUAACACUGUUCUUCAAGAAAUACCUGACCCCUGAGGAGAGAGCAGAUAUGAUCAUGGUGAGCAUGGAGGCCAUGACCAACACCAGCAGGCAUGACAUCUCUGCAGCUUCCAAGAUGUUAAAGAUGAUCCUGAAGUACACGAUUCCAGAGAUCGGGAAGGUGCCGGAAAUCAUCCAGUACAUUUACUACCACAUGAACAGCAUUACAGAAACCACAGCCCAAAAAACCAUUAAGAAGAUCCUGUAUUUGCUGUCCCAGUACUACACUGAUGAAGUUAUCCUGACACUAUUGAAAAUAGAAGAUCAGUCACAAAAGGGGGUUUGCAGGCCCUGGGAAAUCCUGGCAUCCUUCCCCAAAGGCUACGAAAUGAUCAUGGACUAUCUGCUCCAGAGGCUGACUCCACACCAGAGAUCAAAGGACCAGGAGCCCAGCCACAGAACAGAGAUCUCACCACUGAUUGCCACCAGAGCCAUCCAUGAGCUCCUGCUGGAACCCAGUCGGCGGAUGGAGGUGCAGUCCUUCUUCUCCUCCUUGUUCAUGGCCUUGCUGUUCCAGAUCUCCUUUUUGGUGGUUGAAGAGGACACUGAAAUAAGCCAGGAUCAGCAACACAUAGCUAAAUGUGUGGACCCUAUAAGUUCUACCGUGGAGGCCCUGAAGACCUUGAUGCGAAGUUCUGGGUAUGGGGACUAUGUGUCUUCUAUACAGAGACGUGGGGGCUGGUGGCUUCUUGUCAAUCCUGAAAGACACUAUGACGGAGUCACUGUGCUGGCCAGGUCCCUGGUCAUCAAUAACUGUUGGCACAACCGCCCCCUCUUCAGCUCCAUCAUCAGAUUCCUCCAGGACCCAGACUGCAAGAAUCACUUAACGGCCCUUGUGUUCCUGACAGAGCUGCUCCAGUGCCCAGAUGUGGCAGCCUUAGUGGAUGACUUCACCACCCGCAUUCUGGCAAACUGGUUCAAGAGUGAGGAGCCAGCCAUAGUGAAGCCAUUGCUGCAGAUGCUAGAGGUCUUUGCGAAGCAUGAAAACAUGGUCCCCUGGAGGUUGCUGUCAUCAUCAGGGAUGAGAAGGGCAGUGGCGAUGGAAACUUAUGGCAUGGUGGGAGGAGGGGGCCUCCUCUGUUUUCUCCCCUUUUCUCAUGAUGGACGCAAGGUGAGGCGGCUCCGAAUCCUCCAGCCGUAUGUGCUGAACUGCUGCUACUCCUCGAACAGCGACAUAGUACUGGAGACUUUGCUGGUGCUGAAGAAUCUCCUGAGCCACCUCACCUGGCGGCACUCCUCCUCCUUCCUGAUCCAGCUCACCUUCACGCUGGUGCCCUUCUUUGAGGAGGUGUCAGAGCAUCUGCGGUUGGCAGCCUUUGAGAUCUAUGAGAGUCUCUUGGCCAAGGUCAAGAAGAGAGGCCUUGUCUUCCCCUUGAAGCACCAGAUUCUCAACUUGCUAGUCCCUCUGGUGCUCCACCUGAGGGACGUAAAUACCGACGUGGCUCUGGUGAGAGGCCAGGCCUUGGAGCCUGGUCUUCAGUCCCCGUUUUCAUGGGAGAUCUGCCGGUCUGCCCUCUGCCACACAGCUGCCAUGCUGGGCUGGUCAAAGCUGAAAGCAGUAUUUGCAGAGAAAGAUGUGUGGAACAUUCUUGGAACCCUGCUGGAGCAGGAGACAAACAAAGCCCUCUGGUUCCUGAAGCAGUGUGUGGCUCUCUUCAAGAGCCCACAGGUUCCCAUCCGCUGGGCAGCUGUGUGGUUUGCAGGCCAGAUUAUCCAAACCCUAGACUUGGAAGAGAUUGAUGAAAUUGAGGAGGCGUACACAGCCCUAAGGCACAUGCAGAGAGACUCUGACCCCAUGGUCAGCUGCCUCACCACACAGACUUUCUAUAUCCUGGAAGCCAAGAAGAAGCUGCUACUGGCCAAGGCCCCGACCUCCUGCUUCUGCAGGAGGAGGCCCCAAAGGCACUACUUCUGAGCCUGCAUCCUUGAGUCUCAGAUGUAGGCCUGACCAUCAGACCCUGUGACAAUGGGGCCAGAUUCCUGGGUCCUGUGCUAGAAAUGGAGGUAUAUCCCUGCAGAAUCUUUGUAAUAAAAGGAAAAAGCAUGC